GAAUGAGGCUGGGAGAUCUCUCGAAUCACACUGGAUUUCAACACACCAAGCCAAACAGCUAAUAAACCGCCCACAAAGAAUGAAACUAUUUUGAACUCGUCAUUCUGCAAAUGCAAAUUAGAAUAUUAAGACGCACAGUGCUGUGUAGAGUAGAAAGUACUGACCUCUCAUUGAGAAGAGGAGGAGUCCCGCCUGGCCGGGCUGGGACGGCAGCCUGCUCCCGGGCACUUCCUGUUGUUACCACACCUCUGGAUCGGUUAUCAGAGCUCCCAGGAGCGCGGCCCGCAGUGGAGACUCUCAAGGCUCUGCGAGGUGACAGGCGGCGACACGCAUCCCCCAGCUUCCAUAUGCAGAAGUUAUACCUACUCAUCAGCCUCACGUGCCUGGCGAGGUCAGAUGCAGAUGAAACAUGCGCCACGUUCACCAGGCUGGGCUUCCACAAUGCAGUGCUCGGGACGGAACUGGAUGUGAAGCUGUUGCUCUACACAAAGAGAAACUGGACCUGUGCCCAGACCAUCAACUCCUCAGCUUUUGGGAGCUUAAACAUCACCAAGAAAACCACCUUCCUCAUCCACGGAUUCAGGCCUCUGGGCUCCACUCCAGUUUGGUUGGGGGACUUAGUAGAGAGUUUGCUACUUGUGGAAGACAUGAACGUGGUGGUGGUUGAUUGGAACCGAGGAGCUACAACUGUAAUAUACAACCAAGCCUCGCGCAAGACCAGAGAAGUAGCCAUGAUCUUGAGGGAAUUUAUCGACCAGAUGUUGGCAAAAGGAGCAUCCCUCGGCAACAUUUAUAUGAUUGGUGUGAGCCUAGGAGCCCACAUAGCUGGAUUUGUUGGGAAAAUGUAUGCCGGGCAGCUGGGACGAAUCACAGGUCUUGACCCUGCGGGCCCUUCCUUCAACGGGAGACCUUCAGAGGACAGGUUGGAUCCCAGUGACGCCCUGUUCGUGGACGUCAUCCACUCCGACACCGACGCACUGGGAUAUGAAGGACCACUGGGAAACAUAGAUUUCUACCCAAAUGGAGGAUUAGAUCAACCUGGCUGUCCCAAAACAAUAUUUGGAGGACUGCAGAACUAUUUCAAGUGUGACCACCAGAGGUCUGUGCACCUGUACUUGGCUUCCCUGAGAGAAGGCUGCGCUGUCACCGCAUAUCCCUGCGACUCCUACCGCGAUUACAGGAAUGGCAAGUGCCUCAGCUGUGGCACAGCACAGACGGAGCCCUGUCCCCGUGUGGGUUAUUAUGCUGACCACUGGAAAGGCUAUUUAAGGGAGGAGGCUCUUCCAACGACAAAGGCAUUCUUUGACACAGCUGAGCAGAAUCCAUUCUGCAUAUAUCACUACUUUGUGGACAUUAUAUCUUGGAACAAGAACGUAAGAAGAGGAUCCAUCACAAUCAAGUUGAGAGACAAAGAUGGAAACACCACAGAAUCUAUAAUUGAUCAUGAACCGGCUACAUUUCAGAAGUACCACCAAGUGAGUCUGCUGGCAAGAUUUGAUCAAGAUCUGCGAGAAGUGACAGCGAUUUCCUUGGUGUUCUCCACAGGAUCUGUGCUUGGCCCCAAGUACAAGCUCAGGGUUGUCCGCAUGAAGCUGAGGUCCCUUGCCCAUCCAGACAGGCCACAGUUGUGCCGCUAUGACCUUGUUCUGAUGGAAAAUGUUGAAACCGUCUUCCAGCCUAUUCCCUGCCCCAAGCUGCAGCUGUAACUUCCUGGGGACCGGUGGCAGCCCUGUGCCAAGAUGGCUACAUCUACAGCCUCUGUCAAAGCUUCAUCUCACCUUUUCUUCAAGGCUCCAAAAGUACAGAAGAAUGAAGGUUAUUUCUGGCAUCAGUCUAUGAAUGUCACACUGUCAAACGCCAGGUGACCGUGUGGUUAUGCACGGAUCCCGGGAAAGCAGCCCCUAACUAGGGCAAGUCAGAAAUAGCCAGGCUCCACCAGCCAGCCCUGCCCUUUUUCUGCCUGCAUCCUGGGGCCUCCUUUUUUCCGACCUUUCACUUCUGGUGUGUGUCACUGGGUGCUGCUGUCCCUCUGGGCUGUGGGUCGCGCACAUGAAAAGGAAGAAUGGCCACUGUGGACUCCUGUGCUGUGCCCUGUGUGCCAAAUUCUCCAUGGCUCUGGCACACAGUGGGGAGUGGAACUGACCUACCUCGAGGGGCUGCUGUGGGACUGGAGGCGAGUCUGUGAAGGGUUCUUUGAAAUCCCAAGGGUGCCGCAUCUGAGAUGUGUGAUGAAUGUGAAUAUGCUUCUAUUUAUUUUGAUAUGGCUUAGCUUCCCUGCUUAGAUGGACUGAGAAUGCCACAGCCCUGACUUCCCACCUGUGAGGAGGGGAAGGGGUGACAGCACUGAGGGCAGUAAGUAGGGGACGGAAGAGGGGAGUGGAAGCAGGGCACAGCCUCACUGCGUGGGACAGGGGUGGAGGAAGAGGCAGGAGAGGAAAGAUGGGUGAUGAUUAUUACUAAAUGUUUUUUUUUGGUGU